AUGUCUUAUGAAGAUGUUGCUUUCAAGUACAAAAGCAGGAAGCUCUCACUCCGAACUGACUCAGCACACCCAUCUAGCAAAAGCCGGAACAAGGACGAAUGGGCAAGUCAGAAAACUCAUGGUCAAGUCAAAGCAUACCGUCCAAAAGAGAAUUUGAAACAGGAUACAAUAGACACCAAACCAUUGAACGGGGACUUCGAUAAAAGUGAUAAAGCUGAAUGCUCGAGAAAGAAAAUCUGGACUUGCCAGGUAUGA